UUUUGGUAAGAGAUAGUUGUAGCGCAGAGACUGAUACAGUUCAACGAAGGGCAACCAGAAGUACCAGCGUCAUGAAAAUGCCAGUAGAGUCCCCGAUUUAUUGGGACUCGGUGGGUUCCCAGCGCUCGACUUCCGGCGGCAGCUCUGGAGACGCUUACAGCUCCGGAAGCGCCAGCCGGCACUACGUCGACCCGUGGGACCUGGAGAACUAUGCGUACCUGCGUCGACACAGCGUCGCUGGUUUGACGCAACAGGCGUCGCGCCACCAACGACGCCCAUCGUACCAUCAUCUUUCACACGAUCCACGUGCUCAGUCUGAAUAUUGGUAUUCAUCCUCGGCGAGAGAACCGGGCUACGACGCACCGGCUUUCGUGGAAGAAUUGUAUUGUGGACCACCUAGGCCAGGGAACAAUAGUUGCUACUAUCAUCAGCCGAUCUACGAGGACGAGGUACCGGAUUACGUCGCACCGUUUCCGGUCUACGCACCUCUCUCCGAAAUAAGGCAUGGCGGCGAGUUUAUGGAGGACCACAGACGAUUCAGGCACAGAUGUAAAUCUGCAUCUAUGAGGGAUCUUCACAGGUCUGAAUACGUGGACCUCCGCAUACCAUCGGUGACCCCCACAGAAUUGGAUGUUUCAGGCAAUCCCACGCCAGAAUAUCGUUCAAUGGUACAGAUAAUACCUCCCCCGCAUAUCGACUUGAACACCUACGGUCACCUGAAGAUAGAUUACACGAACAGUUGGAACUCGCUGAACCGAAAGAUCCGUAAAUGAUCCGACUUUCCCCGUGUAUCCAACUUUCGUCUGGACGCGUGAAAAACGC